UUCAAGCCCCUAAACAUGCAAUUGCUGUUUAAUCUGAAGUUAAACCCUUUUCAUCUAACUUUUGGGGGGGUCUGCAGAGAUGACAUUAGGACUAGGCCCUUAUUUGUAUCAAAAGCAUGUUAUUCCUGCAAGUGGCUUCACAUUCAGAUCGCUGCAGAUAAAAAUACCUUAACCCAGCCUGAGAUGGCUUCUUGGCUGCUCAGGCUGAUUUUAGACAAGUUUUUGGGACUUUUUUUAUUUAUUCAGAUUGGGAGGCCUGUUUCCAGACUAAUUAAACCAGCUUGUUUAGGAUGGUAGACCAAUUUCUAUCAGUACUGUUGAAAAGGUAAUGUUCGAGCAAGUCAUUUUAGAACCAAAAAUGUCUCUACAAACCAUGUCUAACGCUUUUAAUGUAUUUGACCUUGAAAGGUUCGUUUAGAAAGGGCAUAUUUGUAUCCUCCUCGAAUCAUAACGGGAUAUUCAUUUGUGCCUCCCCUAGCGGAGACAAGGCGGAUUUACAAUGUCAAAUAAAAAAGCAGGGAUGAACGCCAUGUCUGAUCCCGCUGUUGAGGGGUAGAGAGAGCGAAUACAGCGGGCGGACUUCGAGGAUUCGAGUCGGUGCGCGGAAGCAGGCUCGAUGUCGGAGAGCGCGGGGAUUCCUCAGGGCUCCCCGGCGGUGGGUGCAGCGGGCUCGGCUGCGGCUGCGCCAGGUGUCGGUGGAACCGAGUGUUCGGGCGCUGCUGUCGGUUCUGCACGUAUCGCCGUCAAGAAGGCGCAGCUCCGCUCCUCCCCGCGUCCGAAGAAACUGGAGAAACUCGGUGUAUAUUCCUCGUGCAAGGCUGAAGGAGCUUGUAAGUGUAAUGGCUGGAAGAGUCAAAACCCACCUCCAACUCCGCCCCCUCCAACCCCACCCAGAGCUGAGCAGCCAAUUGCAGUUAACUUAAAGGAGCCCUGCAGAAGCUGCAGCCACGCCCUCGGUGACCAUGUGACACACCUGGAGAAUGUGUCAGAGGAGGAGAUGAACAGACUGCUUGGAAUUGUGCUGGAUGUGGAGUACCUGUACACAUGUGUCCAUAAAGAAGAGGAUCCCGACACUAAACAAGUUUACUUUUCUCUCUUCAAAUUGCUACGGAAAUGCAUCCUGCAGAUGGGAAGGCCUGUGGUAGAAGCUCUGGAAAGCCCACCUUUUGAAAAACCAAGCAUUGAACAGGGUGUGAACAACUUUGUGCAGUACAAGUUUAGCCACUUACCGUCAAAAGAGAGGCAAACCAUUGUGGAGCUUGCAAAGAUGUUCCUCAACCAGAUCAACUACUGGCAGCUAGAGACGCCCUCACAAAGGAGGCAAAGAGCACCUGAUGAUGAUGUGGCUGGUUAUAAAGUCAAUUACACCAGGUGGCUGUGUUAUUGUAAUGUGCCCCAGUUCUGUGACAGUCUCCCUCGGUACGAGGCCACACAGAUUUUCGGCCGCACUUUCCUGCGCUCUGUGUUCACUGUUAUGAGGAAGCAGCUGCUGGAACAGGCCCGGCAGGAGAAAGACAAACUACCACCCGAGAAACGCACACUCAUUCUUACACAUUUCCCCAAGUUUUUGUCUAUGCUAGAAGAAGAGGUUUAUAGUCAUAAUUCACCUAUCUGGAGUGAAGACUUUAUGGUUCGUUUAUCAGGUGGACAGAUUCCCACAGUGAUUAGUGCUCCACCUGUGACCCGCCCCCUGUACUACAGCAGUAGUCCCGCCCCAGUGGAGCUGGUUGGAGGAGGCAGUGUAAGCCCGGCCCGGAAAACAGCAUCCACUUUGGAGCCCAAUUCAGGUGGAGAAAAGCGAAAGUCUUCUGAGCCGUUGUCUCACGAGGACAGCAAACGACCCCGUGUGGUUGGUGACAUUCCUAUGGAAUUAAUUAAUGAAGUCAUGUCUACAAUUACAGACCCUACAGCCAUGCUGGGACCAGAGACCAGUCUUCUCUCUGCUCAUUCUGCACGUGAUGAAGCUGCUCGAUUAGAGGAGAAGCGUGGCGUCAUCGAGUUCCAUGUCAUUGGAAACUCCCUCAACCAGAAGCCCAAUAAGAAGAUCCUCAUGUGGCUUGUUGGUCUGCAGAACGUCUUCUCACACCAGCUGCCCCGCAUGCCUAAAGAAUACAUCACACGCCUUGUCUUUGACCCAAAACACAAGACUCUGUCUCUGAUUAAAGAUGGCCGUGUUAUUGGGGGAAUCUGUUUCCGGAUGUUCCCAACUCAGGGCUUCACUGAAAUUGUGUUCUGUGCCGUCACCUCCAAUGAACAAGUCAAGGGUUAUGGGACUCACCUCAUGAACCAUCUGAAGGAGUAUCACAUCAAGCACGAAAUUCUCAACUUUCUCACCUAUGCUGAUGAAUACGCCAUUGGCUACUUUAAAAAACAGGGAUUCUCUAAGGACAUUAAAGUGCCGAAGUCAAAGUAUGUGGGCUACAUUAAAGAUUACGAGGGGGCCACACUCAUGGGCUGUGAACUGAACCCUUGCAUCCCUUACACUGAGUUCUCAGUCAUCAUCAAGAAACAGAAAGAGAUCAUUAAGAAGCUUAUAGAGCGCAAGCAAGCACAGAUUCGGAAAGUCUACCCUGGCCUGUCCUGUUUCAAGGAGGGAGUUCGUCAGAUUGCCAUUGAGAGCAUUCCAGGAAUCCGUGAGACGGGCUGGAAGCCUGUAGGGAAGAGCAAAGAGCUGAAGGAUCCAGACCAGUUGUACAGCACCUUAAAGAACAUCUUACAGCAGGUCAAGUCACACCAGAAUGCAUGGCCCUUCAUGGAACCUGUAAAGAAGAAUGAGGCACCUGGUUAUUAUCAAGUCAUCCGCUUCCCUAUGGACUUGAAGACAAUGAGCGAGCGUCUGAAGAGUCGUUACUAUACCACACGGAAGCUGUUCAUGGCUGACAUGCAGAGGAUCUUCACUAACUGCAGAGAGUACAACCCUCCUGAAAGCGAGUACUACAAAUGUGCCAACCUACUAGAGAAAUUCUUCUACACCAAGAUCAAAGAGGCGGGCCUCAUCGAUAAGUAA